UUUGUUGUAUUUAAUUUGUGGAAUUAAGUUCUUUCUUCUCAAUCAAUUUUAUAUCAUUACUAUAACUAUGCGUUAGUUGCUGUACUACAAAAUAACGUAACCAUGAAGUCGAAACCCGUAAAACACAAAACAACUAACACAUUUCGGUUUAUUCCAUUUGCCGAACGAAUAAAUUCAAUAGAUAUCCGCCAUGCUGCGUUGUAUCAUAUUGAACAUGCUUAUACUGGCCAUCCAGAGGAAAAUGAAACUCACUUCUACUUGGCUCUACAAAAAUGGAACGUUCUUAACUUAACGGAAAACUUUAAGAAGUUUAAAAAAGAAAUCCAUGGCAUUGUUACCAUAGAACAGUUAAUACAUAAGAAAGAAGAAGUAUUAAAUGCUGUUGAGAAAUACUUGAAUUUAGAAGACCAGUUGUGCUUACAGCCAUUACUAGAAAUUUUAGUUUCUUUAGCAAAAGAUUUACGACAUGACUUCUACCCACAUUUUCCAAAGUUCCUUGAUAUUCUUAUAAAAUUGUUAAAUACAAAAGAUCCCGAAAGGCUGGAAUGGACAUUAAUAUGUUUGGCAUUUUUGUUUAAAAUAUUGAAACCAUAUUUAAAGAAAGAUCUAGAAACUGUCCUUAAAAGGAUUGUACCUUUAUUGAGUGAAAAUCAUCCUCAGUACAUCAAUAAUUUUGCCGCAGAAAGUUUUGCAUUUGUUGCAAGGGAUAUAAGAGACAAGAAUAAAUUUCUUCAGCAUACUUUAAAUUACCUGCUUACAAAUGACGAUGCCAUUACUGGAACAGGACAUUUGAUUUUUGAAAUUUGCAAAGGUGUUGCAAAUAAAUUUCACAGCUGUGCUGAAGCCUUUUUCCCAUUACUACUACAGUAUUUAAAAGAUAACAUUGAACACCAAGAGACACUGUUUAAAGUUCUCACUCAAACAAUAGAAGAUGCUCUACAGGGAAUUUCUUUUAAAGAAUUUUCAAUAUUCUGGACUCCUGUAAUGAAAUUCAUUGAAAACAAUUACAAAGUAGAUAAUAAUAUUAACAGAUGUUUGGAGUUUGUAUUAAAAUUAGCAGGACAAGUAAUUGAACAUCAAAAAGGAAAAUUCCUUCUCAAUCCUCAGCAAUUUGCAAUAGUGCUUGUUAAAGUUAUUUGUGAACAAACAACUGAAAGAGUUUUAGAAGUCUGUGCUCAAAUUGGUGCAUUAUUACUACUGUCUUCUAAUAUUCUCUUAUCACAAGAACAUGCAGGAAUAAUUAUCAAGUCACUUGUGCCUUUGCCCUUUCCAAAAGUUCUCAUUAAUUUCGUCGAAAAUGUUGUCGAUUACUCACAAUUUGAUUUACACAUACUUCCACCUUUCUUAAACUUUGUUGUACAAUCAAAUUUUAAUAAUGAAGCAAUGUGUACUUUAUCAAAAAUAUGCUUAGCUAAAUCACCAUUAUCCAAGAAUGGUUUGAAAUUAUUUGAAUGGGUUAAAUAUCCUAUAAAUUUUGGGAAAGCACUACCAUUAUUUAUGGAACAUGCACAAAAAGUUCUAGAAAACAACAUCGAAAGUCAUAUUGAAAAUCCUGAUAAAUUAAUGAGUGUUUUAUUUUGUUUACCUCAUAUAGAAAAAUUGAAUGUUGAAAUGUGCAUUAAGAAAAUAAGUCAAGUUAUUUGCUGUCUAUUAGAUAUACUGGAUAAUAAAAAUCUGGAAGCAAACAAAGAAAAGAAUAAAAUACAGUGUGAUAAUAAUACUACCGCAAAACAGUCUAGAAAAGUGUUGUUUAUAUUAGCAAAUGCAUUUGAAAGUGUUAUACACAUAUCUAGUUGUAAAAUGUUGAAGAACAUUUGUGACAUUGAUAGGUUUUUGCCUGUGAUAGUUCCUUUUGCAGCUGAUCCUAAUUAUUUAGCAGCUUUGCAAAUUCUUGAUUUAUAUCUGACAGCAUAUGAACAAGAAAAUGGACUGACAUAUGCAUUUUUAUCUUUAAUCGAUUCUUAUCUUAGGCCCAAUGUUUCCUCUCCAUUUCAUAUUGUUCGCUUAUUAACCACACAUAUUUACAAGUUGUUUGAAAACAUUGAAGAAUUCAAGAAGUCUAUACAAGUAGGUGAUAAAGUAGAAACAUUCUCUAUUUUUAGUAAAUGUUUUGAAGUUGAAUCAAUAUCACCGUCUAUACAAGAAUAUAGGACUCAAAUAAAUAUAUUGCAGAAAAUGACAUUUAACACAACACAAUAUGUCCUAGCAAAAGAUACUGAAUUCCAUUAUUUUGCAUUAAAAUAUAUGCUCGGAGUUUUGUUUAAUAAUUUCAAAUUACUUUGGGAGCCGGUUAUUGAAUUCAUCGCCAGUUUUGGGAAUGCGUUAACAGUAGAAGAAUUUUGGCCUAUUUUUUAUGAAUCUCUUGAAUUUUCUUUCGCAAACGCCAAAAGUAAUUUAUCAAUUUUUCAAUUCGAAGAUGAAAUAGAUACGACAUUUGAACCGUUAAAAGAUUUAUACACUUCUUAUAACAACAUUCAUGAAAAUCCUGAUCUACAUAAUUAUAGGAACUUGAUUUUAAAAACAAUGACAUUUUGUAUACAAGCUUGUGAAGCUAGAAAUAGGGAUGUAGUUGGACUUUUCUUAAGAUUCAUUGAAGAUGAUUAUAAGAAGACUAACAAUACUAAUGCACUUAAAGUUGAUAUAGAAAUUCAUGAUAAAUCUGCUAUGGAAGUUGACGAAACCGAAGAAACAGAAGAUUUAGAAAUUAGUCUAGAAAAAUUGAAUGAUGAUAGAACGAAAAAUUCAGAAUCAGGCAAAGUUAUAUUCAAAACGUUAAUUAAUAUAAUGCAAGUUUUAGCUCAGUUUAAAAAUCCUCGAGCCUUGUACAAAGAAUCAGUGUUUUGGGAAUUAUAUAUGGAAUUCUUAAAACAUAAAAAUCCUGGUCUUCAAAAGUUUGCAUUAGAUUGUGUUUUAAAUUAUAAAAAUAAGAAUGUUCUACCAUAUAAACAAAAUUUAUACAAUCUUGUUGAUGAUAAAAAGUUUAAAGAUGAACUAACGCUUUUUAAAAUAACAGAAGAUUCUAAACAUAUUCAACCUGAAGAUAGAGAACAUGUAAUACCAAUUGUACUAAGAAUAUUGUAUGGUAAAAUGACUUCGAAAUUAGGCGCGGACAAAAAAGGUGGAGGUCAAACAAAGAGGUCCUUAGUUAUGAGGUAUUUGAGUGGAUGCAAAGAUAAUGAAUUGCAAAUAUUUAUAGAAAUGGCAUUUUCAUAUUUUAAAGAAUAUUUUCCUAUGAGUCCUAAAGAUAUUUAUAAAACUGUUUUGAAGAAUUUAGAUUUAAAAUCAGUUACAUACCCUGGUAAACUUCACAGUGUGCUUAAUUUGUUUGACAUAGUGCGUGAAUACUUUGGAGGAUCAAUGGAUGAUGCAUUACUUGGUCAACUGUUUAAAGUAUACUUUGCGGUUUGUUCUCAAAUUGCCGGUGUCUUGAAUCAUGUUGACAAAGUACAUGUAGGUUAUAUAAAAGUUAUGAAGAACCUCAGAGCUAUUGCUGUUGGUAUACUCGGGAAAUUGUUUGAUCAAUUCGAUAAAUAUCCUUGGAGUAAAGAAGAGCUAUAUGUAUUAUACGAAACUCUUAUUUGGCCAUUGACGCCAAAGCUUCAUAUAGAAGGCAUUCAUAGCCCUACAUCUUUGCUAAAAUUAUUUAAUACAUGGUGUCAGAAUCCAAGAUAUUACAUUCUUCUUGUUACUUGUUCUGAAAAUGACACAAAUUUAAGUGUUUUGCCGGCCAUAUUUAAACUACUCUUAGCACCUAAAACUAAUCCAGUUGUGGUUAAUUUAAUUUUGGAUAUGAUAGAAAAAUUACUAACACUAACAGAAGAGGACGAAGAAAAUGAAAUACCGCCUAUUGAAACAUUUAAGUCAUUAGAUGUUAGUAAUAACUUUGCGAGUGAAGUGAAUUUUGGAAGUAAAAUUUUGGUGCCACAUCUGGCUAGUAUUUUAGAAGUCAUGAAAAGGCGUGUUGCGAAUAGUGCCAAAUCGAAUACAGUGAAUAAAAGAGAUCUGUUAAUCCUUUCAAGAGUUACUGAAAUGGUUACCACACCAGAAAUGUGUGAUGAUUUAUUAAGUCUCUUACUACCAAUUUUGGUUAAAAAAGUUUGUAUGAAUAUGGCUGAAGAAAAUAUGGAAUAUGCUGUGAGCAUAAUUAUAAAUCUUUUAGGGCAUAGUGCCAAUCCCCAACGAUAUAUAAAAAAUAUAGCUGUGUUGUUUAAUAAAGUUAGCCCUGUUGAAGUUAGGAAACUUUUGCUAAAGUUGCUCUUUUCUAUAGCAGAAAAUGUAACUGAUAAUAAAGAUCUAUUUCUUAAAAUGGCUAACGUAAUAACAGAAAUGAAUGCAUUUAACAAAAGAUGGAUAGAACAGCCGGACUUUGAUAGAAGAUUAGAUGCUUACAAGGAAAUAUACAAAAUGGCAGACAACAAUGAAAUAAAUGUGGACCUUGCAAUACUUAUCAUAAACAAUUGUUUUUAUUUUAUACGCACAGAGAAAGAUAUUGGACUUCGUGAUAGUGCAGGCUUGUGUUUAAAGAAAAUACUUCCUAAAUUGCUGCUUAAAUAUCGAUCAGCGGCCGAUGGUCAAUUUUUAGUGCGAGACACUGUUUUGUCCCUUAUUUCUACUGGAAUAAGAGAUAAUAAAAAUGAAAACUUACGGACUGAAUCAAUUUCUUUGCUAGGAGAAUUAGCAAGAGAAUGUCCAGAGGCUGAUGUAGUGUUGUCCGAUUUAAGUCAUUUGAUAAAUAAAGAAGACUUGGAAGUAGACUUUUUCGAAAACAUCUGUCAUCUGCAAUUACACAGACGUGUCAGAGCACUUCUUAGAUUCAGCAAAAUAGCUAGAAAAAUGAUUAAAUGUCCUACACCAAGAACAUUAACAAACUUUAUUUUACCUCUAGCUUCAGUAUACAUAUGUGAUGAUAAAUAUACAGACAAAAAUUCUUUAAUCGAUGCAUGCAUCGAAGUAAUUGCUACUUGCUGCAGAUUAUUACCAUGGUAUCAUUACGAAGUUAUUCUCAAGUUAUAUCUGAAUAAAAUGAGACAUUCGACUGAACAUCAGAAACAGUUGACUCGUAUUUUGGUUGGAAUAAUCGAUGCUUUUCAUUUCGACUUUUCUAAAGUCAGAAAUAUUGAAUUACCUAAGACAUGGAUUACAAAUAUGACUAAAAAAGUAGAAAAAGACAAUGCAGAAAAAGUUGAAGUACUUGAUGCAGCUAAUGAUAAUGCUGACGAUAAUAAUGAAGAAAUAAAUGACGAGACAAAUGAUAUUGAAACAGAUUUACAAUUGGCAGACAAAAAUGAGGAACCAGAAGAAGAAAUAAACAAAGAAGUAUCAAAUGUUCCAGCCUAUGAAAGAAUAACGGUUGUGUCACCUUCAGUUGGCAAUAGAAUUAUUAAGUCAUUAACUGCAGGAUUAUUACCACAAUUAAAUCGUGCAAUAGGUAAGAUGACAGAACACGAAGAGUCUCAUAAGUUAAACCGUCGCCGGAUGGGAUUCUCUCGUCAAGAAGAAGACAUGGUGAGGGUGCCGAUAGCUUUGGCUCUGGUCAAACUGCUGCAACGGCUGCCGGGAGAUGUAUUAAAGCAUCAGUUGCCAGGAAUUAUCACAAAACUAUGCUCAUUCUUAAAGUCUCCACUAAAGCAAGUUAGAAUAGUAGCCAGAGAUAUUGUUAAAAAGAUUAUGGUGACUGUUGGUACUGCAUACAUUGGUGUAUUCCUUGAACACCUCACUUUAUUACUCACCAGAGGUUUCCAAGUUCACGUAUUAGUUGCAACUAUACAUUCAGUAUUAGACGCAUUAAAAACUGAAUUCAAACCCGGUGAUUUAGAUGAUAAUUUGGAUUACAUACUAAACGUAUGCACUAACGAUUUAUUCGGUGCAUUAUCUGAAGAAAAAGAAGUAGAAAAAUUACAUUACAAAACACCAGAAGCGAAACCGAGUAAAAAAAGUUAUGUAACAUUAAUGAUUGUUGCACAAAAUAUUACACAGAAAUGUUUGAUUAACUUACUUUUACCAUUUAAAGAGGUUUUACAAAAGCAUCAUUCUAAAAAAAUCGUUAUGAAAGUACAAGAUGCAUUAAUGCACGUUUCUAGUGGUUUGGUAACAAAUAAAUUUAUAGAUAUUGAAUCAUUAUUUAUAUUUUUACACGGAAUAGCUUCAGAAAGUAUUCCAGAAUUCGUUUUAGGUGCUCCUAAAAGGAGAAUAACUGAGAGUCAAAAAGAAAAGAUGCUACAAGCAAAACCCGAUUGUUUUAUUAUACCCGAAAUACCGAAAAGAAAUAAAGAAUCACAAGCGAGACUUGUUAAAACAUCGAGUAAAACAAACGCUCAUGUUUUAGUUGAAUUCAGUCUGAAUAUACUUUAUGUUAUUCUCAAAAGAGAAAAAGUACCUAGAAUGGAAUGUCGUGCAUUUGUAGAUGCGUUAAUACCUUUAUUAGUUGAUUCAUUAAAAAGUGAUCAUAUAAAAGUAUGUACGGUCGCUAUGAAAUGUAUAACGACUUUAUGGACAAUUAGGGUAAGCACAACAACAUUGGAAGAGAUGAUAAAAGAUAUUGUGAAGACGAUAUUUUUGAUAUUACAUAAAUAUGCAACGUUUGAAAUAAGCAAACAGAAUGAUAAUUAUCAUUUAGUUAAAAAUGCUUUUAAGGCGGUUACAGUGUUAAUACGUAAUGUAAAGUAUUACAAAUUAGAAGCUGAUCAAUUAAAGACUUUAUUACUUUACGCGGAAGAAGAUUGUCAUAAUGACGAAAAACAGGCGAAUUCUUUCGCUUUAUUAAAAGCCAUUUUAGAAGGAAGACUUGUAUCACCAGAGUUGCAUGAAGUUAUGGAGAAAGUAUCCAAGAUUUGCAUUUUAAGUGAAUCUGCGAGAGCAAGAGACGAAGCUCGUGGUCUAUUCGUAAAUUACUUAACUAACUACACGCCGGGCAAGCGCAUGGACAAGUACAUAGAAUUCUUUGUGACACAGUUGAACUACGAAUUGCAACACGGCCGGGAGUCCUCGCUCAAGUUUAUUGAUAUGAUAGUAAAUAAACUUAACCCGGAACAACUAACAAAGUUCAGUGAGUAUAUAUUCCUAGCAUUGGGUGCCUGUAUGGUGAAUGAUCCAGCGCCGGAAUGUCGCGCGGCGGCCGCGGCUUGUAUUGAAGCUAUGGUGAAGAAAGUCCCGUCGAUACAGAGAAAUAAACUGUUUGAUCUGGUGCUAGCUUUCUUACAGGAUAACCAGCCAGUACAUUUUGAAUUGGCGGCUCAAUUAGCAACAAGAUUUGUGAACGUCGAAGAAGAUGAAUUUAAAAACCGUUUGAGUUCAAUCCUUUCGCUGGUUAGCGGCAAAAUAAUGCUUUUAAGUAACGAAAAUACCGAAGGACAAUUCGUCAAGAUCAAACUCGAGCAAGGCGAUAAAUCCGAUGAAGAAAAGCAAAAAGAAAGAGAUCACAGUUUAAUACAAAUGUUGAACUUUAUAGAAAAAAUCACUAUCCAUUGCUUGUCUAGUUUGAAAAAUGAAAAGUUUUAUAGUGAAUUUGAUGAGAUUGCGGAGCAAUGUAAAGUAUUACUGGCGUAUCCUCACGCGUGGGUUCGUUUGAGAUCUGUUAGAAUACUGGGCAAGAUACUUUUGUCAGUUGAUGUUGAGGAAUUGGAUUUGAUAGUGAAAAAGAAGUUGGAUAGUGAUAGAGGUUUUAUAUAUUACGAAACAGAGGCUUGUUUGAGGAGUUUGGUGUUAGAUUUGUGCGCUCAAUACACGCCUAAUGUUAGUAAAGAUAUGGCGGAUGCGGUAACAGAUGUAAUGUUUUUAAUCUUAAAACUUGUUCAUACAAUGUCGUCGUUUAAACUAUCAAAGAAAGUCGACUCAACGGAGACGGAAUCGGACAACGCCAAAGUUAACAUUCGAUGGAUAUUAUUUAAGUUACGAAGAGCUAUUAACGCAGAAGUAGCUAGAGCGGCCACUUCUAUGAAUAUUAGAUCAGCAAUAUUUACGAUGUGGUUACACGUGAUAAGUUUCUUAGAGACUGAUGACAUCAACAGUAUUAUUGAUGUAAUACUACCGCCGAUAGUUCGAGAACUAUCUACGGGCGACGCGUCCACACCCGCGACCGUUGCUAAGCAACUGGCGGGUAGAUUGGGCAAAAAGUUGAGGAGGAAGAUCGGCGAUAUUGAAUACAGUAAAUUGGUGGCUGAGGCACAAACUAGACUCAACAUAAGAAGAGCUGAAAGGAAAAAGGUUAUUCUACAAGAAAAAGUACACAAUCCAGAAAAGGCGGCAAAGAGAAAGUUGCAGUUGAAGGAAAAGAAAAAACAGGCUAAGAAAAUUAAACUGGACACGUUACAUGGAAAGAGACCAAAAGCGAGAAAGAGAAAGAUGGAAGACAUAGACAUAGAAGAAAAAUUAUUACAAGAUGAUUAGAAUUUUUACAA